CCUCUUCAGAAUCCCUAACCAAAACCACUCGUCGACCGCAAAAGAGAAAAAAACAAAAAUGCUGAGAAUCGCUGCUAGCGCGAAGACAAUUGUUCGAACGGCGUCGUUGGAGGCGCCACCAUUGGGGAUUAGGGUUCUGCCUCGGCUCUACCACGAGAGGGUGGUGGACCACUACGAUAACCCCCGCAACGUUGGAUCCUUCGACAAGAACGACCCCACCGUCGGAACGGGUCUUGUCGGAGCACCCGCGUGUGGUGACGUCAUGAAACUCCAGAUUAAGGUUGAUGACAAAACGGGGAAGAUCGUCGAUGCUCGCUUCAAAACCUUCGGGUGUGGAUCCGCUAUUGCUUCCUCCUCCGUCGCUACUGAAUGGGUUAAGGAAAAGCAAAUAGAGGAAGUUUUGACCAUUAAAAACACCGAAAUUGCAAAGCAUCUUUCACUUCCACCAGUCAAGCUUCACUGCAGCAUGCUUGCUGAGGAUGCUAUAAAAGCAGCUGUUAAAGAUUAUGAAGCUAAGCGUGCCUCAGCAUCUGCUGGUGGACAGACUACAACUGGAGAGAAAGCUGCCACUGCUUGAUUACUUCCAUUUCUAGAACGAUGAUGAAAACAACCAAUAGUAUGGUUUUCUGACAGGACUCAAUGAACACUGUAUGAACAUCUUGAGGUCAGACUUCUCUUGGUUGGAGCUAGUCAUUGUGAUUGGAUUGUAUUAAUGUGAAGUAAAUACUUGUGUCGCUAGCUGUAGUUUGUUAUCUGCAUGGUUUAUAGAAGUCAAACCAUGUUUUUAUUAAAAUAUGUACACAAUAGAAUAAAGCUAUGAUAUUUACAUGGGGAACUUGGAACCAUGUAAAUACCUUUCCUAAAGCAAAUAGCGACUCAUAUUUACCCUAUUUUGUUUUGGACCUUUUUAUCUGUCAUUCAACUUAAUACGUUUCUCUGACAAUGAAUAUUUGAAUACCACUGAAAAAUGUGAAA